AUGCUGUCCAGCCUGUUCGAGUCGUUCUUCCCGUCAGACCUCCGCAUGGAGUCGCAGGCAGGCGUCCACGCGGGCGAGUCGCAGGCGACCCAGUCGGACACUUCAACCUCGACCAUCUCGGACCCCGAAGAGGCCCAGCAGCACAAGGACGAGCUCGGCGAGAGGCAGCAGCAGGCCCAGGAGGAGUCGGAGGACGAGGAGGACCCCGAGGACCAAGCAGAGGCGAUCCGGGAGGCAUGCGGCAACACCAAGGUCUGCAAGGAGUUCAAGCACCACCUCGAGGAGUGCGGCGAGCGCUUGGCGGCGGGCAAGACCAUCGUGCCCAACGAGACUUGCGUCGAGGAGCUCUUCCACUACAUGCACUGCGUCGACGAGUGUGCCGCGCCCAAGAUCUUCGCCGCCCUCAAGUAA